GGAACCGGUAGCAGGUGCGGUUUGGGGAUCUCCGGGACCCAGUGCAGCCCAGCCUACCUGCCCCAGCACGCACACUUGGAGGCCUGCUUGGAGGUGGUGACUGCUGCUGGUCCCCCUUCCCAUGCUCCGCCCCUGGGGGGUGGACGGGUGGGUGUGGGGCUCCCAGGACCGGCCGGACCUGUGGGACCCGGGGCCCUGGCUGUCUGGGGAGCCCGUCACCUCCAAGAGGCCUGCUCAUCCGGGACUGGGACAGCCGUGGGCGGCGAGGAGGCCUGGGCUCCUGCAAACUCAUAAAUACCGCCACCACUGUGCCAGGCCGAAACGCGUGCGGCAGCUGGCGUCCCCGAGGGUGAGGGCUGAGGCGCAUGGUGUUCCAGCUUCUGGUGCCCUUCUCACCGCCUAACCCUGCGGCUGACUCAGCAGACAGGCUGAGUCUGUGCAAUGGGGCGAUGAGGCGAGCAGGAAUGCUGUGACUGACUCCAUGGGCUGUCUGCCUCGCUGUUCAUUACUCCUAUUUGCUCUCCAGUCAACCAGCCCUCCUCCGAAGACCUCCCUUCCUGGACACUGUGUGACCAACCCCCAUCUCUCUAGGGAGGAAAGGACUGUCCUCCCAGUCCUUGCCUUCCUGCUGCCCAUUUGAGGAAAGGGAUCGCACCGGUUCCAGACCUCUCCCCUUCCAUCCCCCCACACUCCCCCGCUACCAUGCACCCCUUUCAUCCCUGCUGGUCUGCCUGCUGUCUGCUCUUCUUUUGCUCCCUGGAAAUUCAGGGGGCCCCAGAGGCUCCCAAGGCUGAUCCAGAACAAAUCCACCUGUCCUACCCAGAUGAACCUGGUUCCAUGACUGUCACCUGGACCACAUGGGUCCCCGCCCUCUCAGAAGUGCAGUUCGGGCUGCACCCUUCGGGGCCCCUGCCCUUCCGGGCCCUGGGCCCCACCAGCACCUUUGUGGAUGGGGGCGUUCUGCAGCGGAAGCUCUACAUGCACCGGGUUACACUGAGGGGGCUACUGCCCGGGGCCCAGUAUGUUUACCGCUGUGGCAGUCGUCAGGGCUGGAGCCGCCGUUUCCGCUUUAGGGCCCUGAAGAGUGGACCCCACUGGAGCCCCCGUCUGGUGGUGUUUGGGGACCUGGGGGCCGAUAACCCUAAGGCCCUCCCGAGGCUGCGCAGAGACACCCAGCAGGGCAUGUACGACGCUGUUCUCCAUGUGGGAGACUUUGCCUACAACAUGGAUCAAGACAAUGGACGUGUUGGGGACAAGUUCAUGCGGCUCAUUGAACCCGUGGCUGCCAACCUGCCAUACAUGACGUGUCCUGGGAAUCACGAAGAACGCUACAACUUCUCCAACUACAAGGCCCGCUUCAACAUGCCAGGGGACACAGAGGGCCUGUGGUACAGCUGGGAUGUGGGCCCAGCCCACAUAAUCUCCUUCUCCACCGAGGUCUACUUCUACCUCCACUAUGGGCGCCAGCUGGUAGAGAGACAGUUUCACUGGCUGGAGAAUGACCUCCAGAAAGCCAACAAGAACCGUGCCACCCGGCCCUGGAUCAUCACCAUGGGCCACCGGCCCAUGUACUGCUCCAAUCUGGAUUUGGAUGACUGCACCUGGCAUGAAAGCAAGGUUCGCAAAGGUCUCCCAGGCAAGCUCUUCGGACUGGAAGAUCUUUUCUACAAAUAUGGGGUCGACCUGCAGCUGUGGGCUCACGAGCAUUCCUAUGAACGACUGUGGCCAAUCUACAACUACAAGGUUUUCAAUGGCAGCCAGGAGAAGCCCUACACCAAUCCCCGAGGCCCUGUGCACAUCAUCACCGGAUCUGCGGGCUGUGAGGAGAAGUUGACCCCCUUCGUCCUCUUCCCGCGGCCCUGGAGCGCCCUGCGUGUGAAGGAGUACGGCUACACGCGGCUGCACAUCCUCAACGGCACCCACAUCCACAUCCAGCAGGUGUCUGACGACCAGGAUGGGAAGAUUGUGGACGACAUCUGGGUGGUUAGACCCCCACACAACAGGACAAAGUACCUCUAGGAAUGGGAACCAGGUCUUGCUGCUUCAACCUGAGGGACCAGACACUGUCUAGAGCCCUGGUGGGGAGCCAGGGCAGGCCCUGACUCCCCCUGCCCUCCCUAGGCCCCAUGAUGGGGGACUGGGGCAUCUCUGAAGACUGAUGUGGAGGACCCAGAGACACAGGGCAGGCCCAUGGUGGCAGGGUCACCUGCAUAGCAUCCUCAGGCCUCUGGAAUAAAGAGACUUAGAGCUGUGGUUUCUAGGCCUCUGCAUGUCCCCCCUCCUGCCCUGGGGGAGGGAAAAGAGCAUCACCACACCACUGUCCAACAGGAGGUGUCGGGGUCCUUCUCCUGGUGGGUAGCUGAGACAGCCUGACAGUGUGCCUUGGUGCCUCAGUUUCCCAGACUGACAUGGAUUUGUCCCACGAGGUGGCUGAUCAGCCAGAGAUACUCAUGGACCUGAGGCCUUCCUCCCUCCCCACCCUCCUCUCUUUGGUCUUCCUUCACUCAUCCAGCCCUCAUGUUCUUCACUCUGAGGAGACUGUGAAGGGGUCAGAGAGCUCUGCCCUCAUGGAGGUGAUGUUCUCUCUGGUGAGGGGAGGGGUAGGUAUCAGACUGUACACCCAAUAAAUAAAAGAAUGAAAUCUG